AUGCCGGCAAUAGACACCGUCUUGAAGGCCCGCGACCUCGUCGCACGCGCGACAUACUGCCGCGAUCGCUACGGCAGAGUAUAUCAGUGUAACAGCUCAUGGUAUAACUGGGGGCGGUGGGUGGCGGUUGGAGUCAUCAUUGCCGCUGCACUCGUGCUCUUCUUCCUCUGCUCCACGCCGACGACGCAAGGCCGGCCGCAAGCCAUUUUACGGUACCGGCUGGGUUCCCAUGGCUGGCCAGGCGCAGUACAAUCCCAACUAUCAGAACACUCAGCAACCCAACUAUGGCUACCAGGCAACAACAUGCCCAACAACAACACCAGCGCGCCUCCCACAUACGGACAGCAAGGUGGCUACUACGGUGGACAACAGAACACUGGCGCUGCGCAAGACUACUACAGUGGUAACCGUGGUGGCGACUAUGCGCCGCCUGCUGGCCCGCCUCCUGCUAAGCAUUAA